AUGGGACGUCUAUGGCGGUUGCAGCAUUUAAAUUUGACCUACAAUUCCUUUGUCGGGAAAAUUCCAUCUAAUCUCACUCACUGUAAGGAACUUACAGUAAUUGAAGCAUCUGGCAACAACUUGGUAAGAGAGAUUCCAGAGCAGCUUAGCUCAUUGUCGAAGUUGGUUGUCUUUGGUUUUGGGGGGAAUAAUCUUACAGGAAACAUUCCGACAUGGAUAGGGAACUUCUCUUCUCUGGUUGGCCUUUCACUUGCCGUGAAUAAUUUUGUCGGAAACAUACCAAAUGAGCUCGGACGGCUUUCAAGCUUGGGCUUUUUUCAACUUUAUGGCAAUUAUCUUUCGGGUACAAUCCCUUCUUCAAUUUAUAAUCUCUCUUCUAUAUACUACUUCUCUGUUGCUCAAAACCAGCUUCAUGGCCAAUUACCACAAGAUAUUGGCCUGACGCUCCCUAAACUAAGAGUGUUUGCUGGUGGUGUUAACAAUUUUACAGGGGUGUUUCCUGUGUCAUUGUCAAAUGUUUCUGGACUUCAAGUGCUUGAUUUUGCUCAAAACAGUCUCACUGGAAAUAUUCCCAGGAAUCUAAAGAACUUGCUAAGCUUAUAUAGACUCAAUUUUGAUGAAAAUAACUUGGGACAUUGGGAAAUUGAUGACUUGAAUUUUCUUAGUUCUUUGGCUAACUGCACCAGUUUAGAGGUUUUGGGUCUGGCACAAAAUCAUUAUGCAGGAGAAUUGCCCAGCUCCAUAGGUAACCUUUCAACCAAUUUACAAAUAUUCACUAUAGGAAGGAAUCUGAUUCAUGGAAGCAUUCCUGUUGGGAUUGAGAACCUAGUUAACUUGUACAGUCUGGGAUUGGAAGGUAACCAUCUGAGUGGAAUUGUUCCAUCUGCAAUUGGGAAACUGCAAAAUUUAGGAGAAUUGAAUUUGAAUGCUAACAGAUUCUCUGGAUCAAUCUCACCCUUCAUAGGGAACUUGACUAGAUUGUCUAGGCUUUCGGAGGAAAACAGAUUUGAGGGUAGCAUACCUGAAAGUCUGGGGAACUGCAAAAAUCUUCAAAACUUAAACCUCUCGAGUAAUAAUCUUAAUGGAAACAUACCCAAACAGGUCAUUCUGAUAUUUAAUUUCCAAGAUCAGAUAACAGGAAUUUAUCUCUAA